UUGUUACUAGAGGGGUGAGGUAGAGCUGUAACCUUUUAGGGGCUCUAAUACACCAGAUAAAUCCUUACACAGAGCCAAUAAAAUUCUAAGAAUAAAAUUCAACACGAGUGUAUGGGUGGAAAAACAUUGUUUCAUAAAGUAUUCAACACACUUUUUAUUUCAGUGAGCUAAAAUAACCAAUAGAACCGGGGUGAAUGAGCUCCUGUCACUGGCAUAACCAGACAGCCUGAACUAGCCUCCUCUUAUCAUGCUAGCCAUGUAGCUCACGUACACCAGUUAAACAACACUGGAUCAUGUGAGCCAACGACUACUUCUAUUAAGUUGAUAUGCCAUGAAGCUAACACGGAAAUUGGUUCUCGCUAAGGCCAAGGCCUCCGACUUGGAAAGCGUGAAGAAACUGAACUGUUGGGGAUGCAACCUGACUGACAUUUCAAUUUUCUCUCAAAUGGCCCACAUUGAGGUGCUUACACUUAGCGUCAACAACAUCUCAUCUCUCUCUCCUCUGUCUGGCUGCCUGUCUCUGUGUGAGCUCUACCUGAGGAGGAACAUGAUUCCCUCCCUCUCUGAGCUCUCCCAUCUGCGUCCAUUGACACGUCUCAGAGUUCUCUGGUUGGCAGAGAACCCUUGUUGUGGAAAUGACUCCAGCAGGUAUCGCCUCACUGUACUGCGCUGCCUGCCUCGCCUGCAGAAGCUCGACAACCAAGUGGUGACAGAGGAUGAGAUUGCAUUAGCUCUCACAGAGGGUGAAGAGGUCACCACCCCACCAGGUAGUCUCCAAAACCAGCUUUCCUCCAAUGGGCUUCAAGAUGGAGAGACAGAGAAUGACCCGCUCAACUACAACAUGGAGGAAACCAACAAAAUCAGGGAAGAGUUGGGGAUGAAGCCGCUUUCCAGAGACAAGUUUCCAUCUCUGUCCUCCCCAUCAACCAGAGAGAACAAACCACCGCCAAAAAAGACACACACUCUCGACGCAGUUCUGCUGCUGCUGAGGGACUUGGAUGAAGAGGAGCUUCAAGUUGUACACACAGCUACUCAGAACAGACUCCAGACUUUCACAGUGGACUCCGAAGCGCUCAACAAUUCACUGCAGACACAGAAAACUGCUGACAUCCAACACUGAAAUAUUUCAUAGCAUGCACUCAGGGCCAAAACUCUCCCUCCCUCCUCUUUCCAUGUCUAACCCAAGUCAUUCUUUGGAAAUCAGAAACAGCAUCCCAAUCAAGUGUAAACCCAGCAUUAUGUCACACAUUGGUUUGUGGACUAUUAUUUUGAAACCUUGAGUUCGACAUUAUAGCUGUCAACAUUUCUGGGUUUUUUUUUUUUUUUGGAACCAGAGGUGACCAAAUUUGGGCAAGAGGGUGGAGCUGAGGGAGAAUAUGUAUUGCUACAUCUCUAUCCUCAUCAGAUCUGACUGAGAACACACGUAGGAACUUGUCAGUGACAGUGGAGCCAAAGAAUAGCCAUCUUUAUGGUCUAUUUUAAAUGGGACCAUAAUUUACAAAAAUGCAAGCUGUAUUGGCUUCACUUUUUAGACCUAGAAGCUCCAUCCACUUAUUGCACACUGUGAUGCCAACAAACCCUAUUUUACCCAUCACCUUCUAAUUGAAUUAUGCAUGAUGUUGUGAUGUAACCUCACUGACUACUUUCACUUUUUUUUUUUCAAAAUAAUUUCCUUGGCUUUCUUUUUUUUUUUUUUUAAAUAGCAGCCUACCUACCUGCCUUGUAAGAACAAAAGAAUGUAUGUUUUGUUAAAUUUGAAUAUAUUUCUGCAAGUAAAGAGAUUAAAUUACAAUACAUUAA